UGUUAAUCAGUGCAAGGCGCUGUGUGACAUUUUUAGACGUUUUCCAUAUUCAGAUCCGUCGUGUCAAAGGGAUUUAUUAGAUUUGACUAACUUCAUCACGUAAUAUGACUUUCAUUAACCUCACUGAGGGCAAGUAACAGUCUCUCACUUUCUGUAUAAAGUUAUUAUUAUUAUUUUAAAACGCACGUGUGAUCGUGGUGAUGUUACUGGACGCCGGCCACCAGAUUUCUGGUUUAGGAGCUGGCACGUUCACAAGGCAUCACUCAACUGUGAGCGAGGCGCAGGAGCGAAAUAUGAGUUUCAUGGAAUCGGCACACAUGGGUGCGUUCAAACUGAACCACCCCGAUUUGUCCCCGGGCCAAAACGCAGCUUUUGCUCCCCAAGCAACCAGCUAUUCUGCGGCGGCUCUCGGAGCACAUGCAGCAGCGCACGCCGCUUCGUACGCCAGCUCAACUUUCAACUCUACCAGGGAGUUCCUCUUGUGCAGCCGAGGGUUUGGGGAUUCGACUCCGGGCGGCGGGCAGCCCCCCAUCUUCAGCUCCCCAGCGGGGCCUCUCCAUCACUCUCAUCCUGAGGGUCAGGGUCACCUACUUUUCCCCGGAAUCCACGAACAGCACGGGUCCCACUAUAGCUCUCCAAACAUCCUGAAUGGCCGCCUUGGAUUACCCGGUGAGGUCUUCGGGCGAACGGAUCAGUAUCAGCAAGUGUCAACUGCGCGGUCAGAUCCUUACAGUCAAUAUGGCCUAAAUAUAAGCAUGAACAUGGCGCAUCAUCCCGGCGCUCUCUUCCGCUACAUGCGACAGCAGUGCAUCAAACAAGAGCUCAUUUGUAAAUGGUUCGACCCGGAGCAGCUCGGCGACCCCAAAAAAUGCUGCAGCAAAACUUACAGCACCAUGCACGAGCUGGUCACUCAUGUGUCCACGGAGCAUGUCGGCGGACCAGAGCAGUGUAACCACGUAUGCUUUUGGGAGAACUGCCCACGGGAAAGUAAGCCAUUCAAGGCAAAAUACAAACUAGUCAAUCAUAUCCGAGUGCACACGGGAGAGAAACCCUUCGCAUGUCCCUUCCCGGGAUGUGGAAAGGUUUUCGCGCGUUCGGAGAAUUUGAAAAUACACAAACGGACACACACAGGCGAAAAACCAUUUUUGUGUGAAUUUGACGGCUGCGACAGACGCUUUGCCAACAGCAGUGACCGGAAGAAGCACAUGCACGUUCACACGUCUGACAAGCCAUAUCUGUGCAAACUGUGCGACAAGUCAUACACACAUCCCAGCUCUUUAAGAAAGCACAUGAAGGUUCAUGAGGAUCAAGCUCCGGUAAACGAAUCCUCUCCUACUGGAAGCUCCGGGUACGAGUCGUCCACGCCCUCCAGUUUGAUCUCUCCAUGCUCGGAGACGCACAGCACCAUGUCGCCCGACUCUGCUGCGCUCAAUAGCAGCGUGCACAGCAGCUUAACAUCCAAUUUUAGCGAGUGGUACGUUUAAGGACUCCGCCAAAAAUGACUUAUAAAAAAAGAAAAUAUUAUCUGUACAUAGUAAAUGAAGGUUUAUAUUAUCAGCAUGUCUGAGGUUCAGUGUUGCACUGUGACUGAUGUAAGCUGAGGAUAAUUAACAAUAACAAUGACUAAAAAUAACGUUGUUUAUUUUCUCAUAUGAAGAAUUAAAUGUCCUUUGGUAAUUUGUUGCCAAAGACGAAGGAUGGAUGUUUUUUGUUUGUUUAUUUGUUUUUUUGACUAGAAUUGUUUUACAGUAAGGUCGUGCCAAGUUACGAUGUUUGAAUACACAAUGGAUUGUAAAUUAGAGCUGACGUUACAUGAUUGUCUUACCAUAAAUGUAUUAAUUGGGACUCUUAAGUGCCAAAGUCAAAAGUAUGUUAAAAUGGACACAAUUUCGUGAAUGUAUUUUAUUUUUAGAAUUAGAUAUCCAAAACAUUAGAUGUCCAUAUAUAUGUUACAGAUAUAAUUGUUUGUAAAACAUUCAUUUGUUUUAAAUUAUGGUAUAGCGUAGCCUACUUGAUGAAAAUACAAAUAUUUAUGGAAAACUCCUCGAUUAAAAUCUGUACAGAA